AUGUUCACGCGUCGCGCUCUCACCGGCUUGCUCUUGGCUUCUCCCCUCGUGAACCACUUCCCACUUGCUUGGUCAUGAGCGCCGCCCAAUCGUCGUCGGGUGAUUCGUCGGGUGAUAAAUAUUUCACCACGCCCGCACGCCCGCACGCCCGCACGCCGGGCUGUUUUACCUGGUCAGACCUGGGCAUCAAAAAAGGGCACCGCCAAGCAGAAGGCUUACCCGUCCAACGCCGCUAAUGCGAAGUCGAAGGCCCCUAAAUGGGAUUGGACCGAUGCGGAAGUGAUUGCGAUGUUGGAAGUCCUCAAGCACAUAUAUGAAUCAACCGGUACGCAGUCUUUCCCGGACUCGGUCUUCAUCAAAGCCAAUGAGGCGGUCAGCUGCUUGGAUCCUACCAAGGCUGGCUGGCAACUUCAAGAAGGUCCAUCAAAAGUGGAAUCGGUGAGUCGCGCAUGACGCGUCGUUCGUGUCGCUCAAUCUGGGUCUCGCACUUCUAACAAUACCGGCCUUUAAAAAAUGCCCAGUGCUUGGUCGACACCAAGGUUAUCAACGAGAUCAGGAGCGUUAGUGGCGUCGGAUGGGACGAGUGAAAGGCGCGCGGCACCCUAACGCGUGAUCCAAAAGUAAAGCAAUUUGAAUUGAUGUAAUUCAAAUACCGGGUGCCACAUUAGGUGCGUAAGGCACAGCUGCCUUACAACGAGGUCAAUUCUCGCCCACUCUUGAACGCGGAGCAAUGGAGGGCGGUGAGCGUGUCUACUGUGGUUUGUUUUGUCGCGACGCGUCGCUUACUCAUCCUCACUACACGAUUCCACCAGGCAAUCGCCAAAUGCCCCAGGGCAGCGAUCAUCAAGAAAUGUCCAUCGAAUUUCUACUACCCUUUGACGGCGGCGAUCCUGGGAAAGGACUACGCCACGGUGCGAGGUCGAGGUACAUCGAUUUGUACCACAUCCUGGACGUACCUCAGAUGA